AAAAGCAAUUGAAGCUUAGAAUGAAAUGUUAAAUGUGAAAUGCAAAUUCAAUGCAAAUACUUAUUGGAGAAUAAAAACAAAGUUCACUUCGAGAAAAUCCCUAACAAAGAAAAUCCAGCAUCGACUUAUAUUUUAUACACAUACAUAUAUAUGUAUGUGGACGAUGCUAAUCACAUGGCGAGUCCUCCCGCUGAUGUUGUUGAUAUUGGGUCCAAGGCAGACAGCGCAGGCGAUAUGGUUUCCCUGGUACUUUCAUUGCUAUGGUUUCGAGCCGCACGGCAGCUGCCAUGGUGGAGCUGUAAGAGUUCCGCCAUCCGCAGAGGCGGACAAAGCUGCCACGCCCACAACCACAACGACUACCACAGGUAUAGGUGCUACCACAAGCAAAACCAAGUCGGGUUGAAGAGCAAAGGGCCCGAUGAUGCCAACGAAGCUCAUCUGUGCGACGAUAAUCCUCUGGUUAUGCAGUUGGCACGCCUCUAUGUGAUUAGUCCGGAGCGCAUUGUCCUGCUGCUGGCAGAGCCGAUGCUUGUCGAGUCCUGUGAGGAGAUAUCCGAUGUCCUGGAUCGCAUAAAUAGCGCCACAAGCAAUUGCAUCGUUGCCGCUGACAACAUCUAUGGCAAGCUGGCUGAAGGGCUGAGCUAUUACAAGUCGGAGGUGUGCGAUGGAGCCGACCGAAAGCGCCAGGCGAGUCUUAACGGCGCGCAUAGCUGCCUCAAGGAGCUGCGCACGGACAUGAUCGAGUGUGAGGGGCCGGCGGAUUGGUAUGAGAAGCCCAACGUGGAUAAGGUCUGUAAGGCCUUCAACGACGUCCUCGACUGUUACUAUACGCGCAGCGCCCUGCUGUGCGGCCUGGACGCGGCUUGGCAACUGAGAUCCUUUGCCGGCGACAGCAUGAAACGCGCGAUGAUCAAUAACUGCGAGGUGAACAAGCGCCUGCCCCGCGUCCCAGAUGCUAUGCCCGUGUUCGGUCUUUCGUCCUCAAAUUCUUUUAACAUUCUUUCGUUCAAUGGCAAGACGCUGACCCCAGAAAUCAUUUAUCAACUGCUUCGACUACAACUCGAGGCCCUUCUAAUGCCAACUUAA